GGAAAUAUACUGUCACAGAAAAUGAAAGCAAGAGAGAAACGUUGUUUUGUAUCUGUGUUGAACGUCGUGUGUCUGUAAAUAUGCAUGAAUUUGGUAUUCACUUUUUUUUUUUUUAGCCCCCAUGAUAAAAAUAGAACGUUGGUGAUAACCUGCAUCUGAAACUCCUAAUGGUAAUUUUUGUUUCCUUUAUGUUUUAGUGGUAGUAUUAUCUGAUUGUUCAAACAUUAUUCUUGAAGCAGUUAUGCCGUCCAUACGUGAAUGCAGGAGUAUCAGCUGUCACUGUCUCAGGGCUCUGAGUGACUGUGCUACAGGCUCCUGAUCAUGCUGGAUGUUGGAAAGUGGCCAGUGUUUGCUCUGCUUCCACCAGAGGAACUGAGGUUGAUUCGGCAGGCAUGUGUCUAUGGCAGUGCUGGAAACGAAGCCUUCUAUGUUACUGUAAACGAUGAAGUUUUCGCUCUUGGCACCAACUGCAGUGGCUGUCUUGGCACAGGCGAUAUUCAGAACACUAUCGAACCCAGGAGAAUAGACGCAUUGUGUGGAAAGAAGAUUGUGUCCUUGAGUUAUGGAACAGGACCUCAUGUUGUUCUUGCUACUGCAGAUGGAGAGGUAUAUGCCUGGGGUCACAAUGGUUACAGUCAGUUGGGGAAUGGCACUACAAACCAGGGGCUGAUCCCUGCCCAGGUUUCCACCAAUCUACUCAACAAAAAGGUCACGGAGGUGGCCUGUGGCUCCCAUCACACUAUAGCACUGACGUCUGAUGGAGAGGUUUAUGCUUGGGGUUACAACAACUCUGGUCAGGUUGGCUCAGGAUCUACAGCAAACCAGCCAACCCCAAGACGAGUGAGCAGCUGUUUACAGAACAAGAUAGUAGUGAAUAUUGCCUGUGGACAGCUCUGUUCCAUGGCUGUGCUGGACAAUGGAGAAGCUUAUGGCUGGGGUUACAACUGCAAUGGUCAGUUAGGGGUGGGCAACAAUGGGAACCAGCAAACCCCCUGUAGAAUAGCAGCGUUGCAGGGGAUCAACAUAGUCCAGAUUGCCUGUGGCUAUGCACACACGUUAGCACUGACUGACGAGGGAUUAGUCUAUGCCUGGGGUGCUAGUUCUUAUGGUCAACUGGGUACCGGCAACAAGAGUAAUCAGUCCUGCCCAGUGCUUUUAAAUUUGGACAAAGAAAGGGUGAUUGAGAUUGCUGCCUGCCACUCCACACACACGUCAGCAGCCAAGAUGCAGAGUGGUCAGGUAUUGAUGUGGGGUCAGUGCCGGGGGCAAGCCAUCGUCAGCCCACACUUCACUCACUUCACCUGCACGGACGAUGUCUUCGCCUGCUUUGCCACACCUGCAGUCAUGUGGAAGCUCCUCACUGUGGAGCGAGAUGAUUACCUAACAGUCGCCCAGUCCCUGAAGAAAGAGUUUGAUAGCCCUGAAACCUCGGACCUCAAAUUCUUGGUGGAUGGGAAAUAUAUUCACGUGCACAAGGCCCUUCUCAAAAUCAGGUGUGAGCACUUCCGAACUCUACUGAACGAGAACGAGGAAGAAUCUAUAGAGAUCCAGCAGUUCACCUACUUGGUUUACAGAGCCUUCCUGGAGUACCUGUACACAGACAGCGUCAGCCUCGCUCCUGAAGAUGCAAUAGGGCUCCUGGACUUGGCCAGUUUUUACAGAGAAACCCGGCUGAAGAGGCUCUGCCAGGAAAACAUCAAAAGGGGAAUCUCGGAGCAGAAUGCCAUCACGCUGCUGUCAGCAGCAGUCAAGUACGAAGCUCGGGACUUAGAAGAGUUUUGCUUCAAGUUCUGUGUCAAUCACAUGACAGCAGUGACUCAGACACAGGCCUUUUCAGAAAUGGACCAUGACCUGCUGAAGAAUUUCAUCAGCAAAGCAAGCCGAUACGGAGCUUUCAAAAACUGAACCCGCCAGCUCUGGCCACGAGGCAACAUCGAGCACCGGUAGCUGGGUUUGGUGAGCAAACAUGCUGUAUGUAUAGUUUUGAAUGGAUUUUUUUUUUCCCCCCCCGGUUGCGUCACGGACAUGAUUGAAGUGAAGGGACUUGAUGGAAGUCACUACUGAGAUUCUACUCUUUAGUUUAUGUAUCUCCUAUUUUAAUAAAUGAUUAGUGUCACUUUGUUAGUCUCUGAAGGGCUGUAUUAAACUUCAACAAAUGGUACUAGAGUUGUGCUUUUCCAGGAGAAUAUGUAAAUAUAUAAAUAGCAAGCAACCAACCUGCACUGGAGGUUUAGUCUAAAAACUUGCCAGCCACAAAUAAUGGGGCCUGACGUAGAUAAGCAAACACAUUUGACUGACCCUACUAAAAACUGAGUGAGUGUGUUUUGUUUGUUUUUUUCUAAACUAUGCUUAUUUGAAAUUUCUAUACUGACAAAAUGGGACCCAAAAUUAGAUAUUCAACUGAAUUAAGAGUAAUUUACUAAUAUUGAUUAUCACAUACUUGUUUGCUGCCGUUGUCAAAGGUAUGUGUAAAUAUUUAAGUGUUACAAGUAAGUUGGUAACUGUGAAAAACAAAGAAUCUGUAUUGUUUUCAGAGAAUCAAAACUAAGAUAGUAAAUGAUCUGGGUCAACAGAUUUUAAAUGGACAACAGCAUGGGAGCUUAGCAAUCAAUGGUUAACAACAGAUAGGAUAGAAAACCUUUUUUCUAAACUGUUUUUGUACAAAUUUAAUUUUUUUAAAACUUUUAUUAAAGCAUCAUUACUUACAUUUUUUCCCCCCAGCAUUUAAUAACUAAUAAUCCUAUUCUAUAGCAGGGGUUCUCCAGAUUGCCAUGUAGAGUUUUUGUUUUAAACUGUGGUAGUUGUUAUUCUUAAAAGUUAAAUGUAAACAUUGUUUAUUAAAAGGUGUCAAGUUAAAACAACAAUCUGUAGUCGCACUGGUAGAGCAAUGUUUUAAAAACACACUGAUUAAAAUAAAGUUGGUUAAUUAUGUCACUAAAAGGGAAAAGGGAACUGACCCCUCAGUAAAAUGCUAUUGGGAUUGAUUAAGAGAAGAAUCACAGAUUACUAAAAAAUCUAUCUAAAAACAAACAGAUGCUUGUUUCCCACAAUGUAUCAUGUACCGCUCCUUCACUGCUGAAUCUGUUGCUUGUGUGGUUUUUUGUCACAGUAUAUAGAAAUGUUACCAUGCCAACAGAUCCUGCUGACAUUGUGUUGUGCACUGUGAGACCAUUUUUACGUCUUCUAGCAAGAUGGAAAAUAAACUGAGCUCUCAGAAA